CUAGACUCUAGAUAUACCAUGAUAUCUGCGACGUGGAGGCUUUAUGCAACGCUGAACGCAAAGUUUCGGUCGUGCCGUAGCGUGGAUGGAGGCAGAGCUUCGAUCCAUGAACUUGACGAUAUAGUCGACACAUUAUCGUUCCAAAGCCACUGACGAUCAACUGGGCGAAGACUGACUCAAGAAGCGUUUCUCUUCAAUCUGCUGCAGUCUUCGCGAACCGAGGGAUAAGCAAUCUCAACUUGAGAUGCUCAGGUUGAAGUGCUCCCGACUUAUUCACUUUCUACAUGUGAUUGGCUAUAAAACAGGACUUUACGCUUUACGAUUGGCUCACAGCGAAGAAUUACGAGGCAGUUAGUCGAGGGAUCCAUGCUCGUCGUAAACACCAUGAUCCAGGAGUCGGUCCCGGCUGGGCAUGAACAACCUCGCGAGCGAUCCAGCGACGCGCUAACCCACGUGGGCUCAAGACAAACAGACUGCGUGGUGCCGCAGCAUGCAUUUGAGCAGCGUCGUCUUGGACGUAGGGGCAGCAAAGUCCGUUAAAGAGCCUUUCCAUUUUUCAGAAAUUCGAGAACGAACAUCAUAUUUUCGUUUAAGUUACCAUGAGACACGUUGGAUUCAUAACUCCACCCUGGCCAGCCUUUGCGUCACGUAAACGAGAAAUUGCAUUAAAUAACCUCUUUAAUUUAAUAAAUAUUGGAAAAGAAAACACA